AUGUCGUCGAGCGGCGCCCUCAGUAGCUACUACGUGGACUCGCUCAUAGGCCACGACGGCGAGGACGCGUACGGCGGCGGCGGCGGCGGCGGGGCCGGCCGGUUCCUGCAGGGGGGGCACCAUCCGUCCCCCCGGCCACCCUCAGGUGUGGUGUCCGAGGGCGCGGAUUUCGCCUCCUGCAGCUUCGCGCCCAAGUCCUCCGUCUUCCCCGCCUCGUGGUCCGCCGUGCACCCGCAGCCGUCGGCGGCGCCCAUGACCGCCCUCUACCACCCGUACGUGCCCCAGCCCCACUUGGGGGGGCCGGGCGAGGGCGGCGGCGGCGGCGGCAGAUACGUGCGCUCCUGGAUCGAGCCCUUCGCCGCCUUCCCCGGCAGCCCCGGCAGCGGGGGCGCCAACCUCGCCGCCGCCGCCGCCGCCGCGCCCCCCCUCGCGCCCGGCGGCGGCUCAGGCCCCUCCGGCGGGCGCCACUACGGGAUCGUCAAGCCCGAGAGCAGAGCCGCGGCCGCCCCGGCCCCCGCCGCCCCCGCCGCGCCCUCCGCCGCCGCCGCCGCCGCGUCUCCCUCCGCGAGGACCGAGGGCUCCUCGUCCCGGGAGCCUCCGGGGGUCGCCGGGCCCGAGUACACGUGCAGCUCCUUCCUGGCCGAGCCCCGCGAGAAGGCGGCGGCGGCGGCGGCGGCGGCGGCGAGCGACGGGGCUCACCCCCUUCCCGGCGCCUCCGCCGGCACCGGCGGCGGCGGCGGCGGCACCAGCGACCCGGCCAAGCCAGCCUCUGCCUGCAGCCACAGCCCCAGCCCGAGCCGCGAUCUGAAGGAGGAGAAGCAGCAGCAACUUGACCCAAAUAACCCCGCUGCAAACUGGAUUCAUGCUCGUUCCACGAGGAAAAAGCGUUGCCCUUACACAAAAUUCCAGACUCUGGAACUGGAAAAGGAAUUCCUCUUUAAUAUGUACCUCACCCGAGAUCGCCGUUAUGAAGUGGCUAGGAUUUUAAACCUGACAGAGAGACAGGUCAAAAUAUGGUUCCAGAACCGAAGAAUGAAAAUGAAAAAGAUGAACAAGGAAAAAGGCAAUAAAGGGGACUAG